AUGGCCAUGCUACGCAGCUGGCAAGCCGACCCUCUCUUUCCGGCGGCGGAGGAGGUGCAGGACUCAGCAGACAGGCUGCGAUCCAGUUUCCAUCAAUGGCAACAGCUGACGACCGUUGAUACCGCCGGGUCAGGAGGCGGAGGAUUAGCGAGGGUGGACGAGGAGGGUGCGAGGCUCGUGCUCUUGUCUGCGUGCGAUACCUUGAAAUGGCAGCUUCAGGAGUUUGAGCGCGCUGUACUCCGCGAUGCCGCUUCCUCCACCGCGUCUCUCCGCCGCCCGGAGCGUGCGAGCGGGGGCCGACCCCAGGAGGUGCAGGCGCGGAGGCAGCAGUUCAUAUCCGCCAUCCGCGCGCAGCUCGCGCAGUGGUUGAAUGCGGGUACUAACACCCCACCAUCUGCUGCCUCAGUCGCAGGCAGAUGGAUGCAAGGCAGUCGAGUGGGUGGGGAGGGUCAAGAAGAGGAAGAGGAGGAGGACGGUGGCGUAGCAUGUGUGGGGAAAAGGUGUGUUGACUACUUGUCUGAGAGCGAGGGGGAGCGGGACGAUGUGGGUGCGGCCGCGGAGAGAGAAAGGGUUUCGUUACAGUUGAGGGCAGACCACCAGGCUGUGGCUGCACAUCAGCAGCUGCUCUCCCCUACCGCGCACCACCCUCUAUUGCCUCCCCCCGUCGCAUUACCCCGCCCUCCCCCACGCGGGGCCGUUCAAUGGGUGGCGUUUCUGCUGCAGCAGUUCCAGCAGGGGGUGGAGCGGGGCAGAGAGCAGAGCCAGGAGCAGGGGCGAGGGGAGAAGCAUGCAUGCUGCCAGGCUUGUGGGAGGCACCACUGCGGCAGUGCUGUUGGGGUGGGGGGCAGUAGCGGCAAGUGCGCUGAGAGUGACAGUGAUAGCGGGGGAGUGGCAGGAGCAGGGGAAGGUAGAGUAGGGGGAGGAGGGGCAGGAGGAGGAGCGGUAUUAGCAGCAGGUCCGGAGUUGAAGCUAGGGAGCUUGUCAUGUCUCACUGUUGCUGACCUGGAAAUGGGCCUUGCUCAUUUCAAUGCCUGCAACACCACCAACAACAGCAACAGCAGUAGUCGCUUCCGUCGCUUCCACUCCUUUUGGCCCGUAGCCUCGUCGCCAGCCCCUCCUCCCAUGACCGAGGAAGAUGACGAAGAAGCCCACCGCCGUGUGGUCGGGUGGCAGCUGUCAGUCAAGCGCCGCCGUCCGUUACUGGGCGGCAGUAGCAGCGCAAGCUGCAGCUCUGGUGUUACUGGCAGUAGCGCUGGUGGUGGUGCUGGUGGUGGCACUUGUAGCAGCAACGGCAAUCCUGGGGGUUCGUUGGGCAGUGGUGCUGGUGAUGUGGGCUUGACAGCGCUACAGGUGGUGGCUGUGGUUGUGUGUACCUCGGUGGUGGUGUGUGUGCUGCUACUGCUGCUGCUGAAGCUUCACAGCUCAUAUGAAGGGGCGAGCUCCAUCGGCACUGGCACUGGCAUGUCAAGCGAGUGA